AUGCAGUCUGACAUCGAAGCGGAUGACGUGGAAACUGAUGACCAAACAUCGACCAUGGAUGACGAUAUUCUCACACAAUCGGAUCUCGAUGAGAACGGAGAUCCCAAGAGUCCCAGCAGUUCCAAAAAGGGGAAGAGUUCGAGGGACUCCAAGGGUGGAACGAAGCCGAGGAGGGCCAGGACAGCGUUUACGUAUGAACAGUUGGUAUCUUUGGAGAACAAGUUCAAGACGACGAGAUAUUUGUCCGUUUGCGAGAGGCUCAAUCUAGCUCUUAGCCUCAGUUUGACAGAAACACAGGUUAGAAGACUAAUUAGUUUUAAAAUUUAG